AUGCUCGGGGCUUCUCCUUCACCCAAAAGCCAGCUUAGAAACACCCCGGGGAUACUCCAGGAGCCCAGAAUUCUGCCCUCCAGGGACCCCUCCAAGGGUGGCUGCUGGGCAGGGCCAGCAGUGCAGGGCCGGUGUCCAUCUGGAUUCUGGGGGACAAACUGGGAAUCGUGGCCCUUCGCAGAGCCUGGGCCCUCUCCCCGGCUGCCUGUCCCGGUGCCACAAUUCCGGCAGGGGCGGCGCUGGGAGUGCCCGAGAGCCCCGGAGCCGGCUGGGGCCACCCCUUCACAAGAAGGCCCCUACAAGGGCCCCAAGGAGUACCACGGUGCCAGGACAUGGCAUGCCAGGGGCUUCUGCAUCGGGGGAGGCGAAGGGGGCCUCCCUGCAGCUGUCCGGGCAGCAGUUGCCCCCGUCACCCCAGACGUGGCCACGUGUCUGCUGGAAGGCAAACGAGCCGUUUAUUUAUUACAGGAGGAGCAGGAAUUCUCCACCACCUUCAGAGCGGAGGGGGAUGGGGUCUUCAAUGCCCCCUCCUGGGCCCCAGGGGCCGCCAAGGCCGGGCAGAGGGCUCCAAAAAGGCUGCAGGGGCAGAGUGGGGGAAGGAGAGAGGGCAGGAAGUUCUCCUGGGAAAGGCAUCGAGUCGGAGCGGGAGGGGCCUCGGGAAGCCGCCCCAACAGAACCCCUUCACAUCUUGGACCCGGCCUCGGCCCUCCAGUGGGAGCUCUCGAGUUCUUGCCCCCAGACCAGGACCGGCCAUUCAGAGUCUGUCCUUCCUCAGCCAUCCCUCCUCACUUUCCAGAAGAGGGGCGACCCUCCCAGAGCCACACGGGCCUGCAGGAGCAGAGGAUCAGCGGCUCUCUGUCACUUUCCAGCCCCCGCCCCCUCCCGCCGCUGCUCUUUCCAUCAGUGACCUUUGGGGGAGUGGGCCCACAAGGGGCCUGGCCCUUCAGCUCCGUGCUCACCCCGGUGGGUGGCGUCUGUCCAGGGAGCCUGCUCGGCAGGGCCUUCUGGGAAAGGACCUCCCCCUGGCCGUCUUCACUAUGGCCAUGGAGUGAGCACCCCAACAGCUUUCAGGGCACCCGACGGUGAGACGGACGCCAAGGGGGACGUCUCCUCAAGGAAAUAAAGCCGGGCCCGGGGUGGGCCUAGAACUGGCCCACCUGUCCAUGCUACAUGAUUGUGUCUGUGAAUGUGUGAGCGUCUGUGUCUGUGUCUGUGAGUGUCUGUGUGUCUGUGUGCACAUAUACUCAUGGCUGUUGGUCUGUGCCUGUGUGGGUCUGAGCUGGCCGGGCAGAGCCUUCUGGGAAAGCCCACCCCCCCCAGCCAUCUUCAUUGUGGCCACGGGCGAGUGCCCGAACAGCUGCAGGGGCCAGGGUGUCAAGGACGCUUUUGUGCUCUUGGAGUGGACGGAGACCCCGAGCCCCUCGCGGGAUGGACACGGCCGCCCGUCGGAGCCCCUGCAGUGGCCGGGACGUC